AUGCCAACCAAAUGGCGCUCUGGUACUCCUGAGAUUCAUAGGCGGCGCGGUGCAUCCGAUUAUACAGACGGGUACGGCGUUGAGUUCGGCAGCGAUGCCAUGGUGCACAAGGUCUUGCUCAAACGGCGUCCACCAGCCGCAACAAACGAAGCCAAGUCGGACCAUCGCCAGCCGCAUCGAGGUCAAUCGCUCCUCGCCAUCCUGCGCGAGGCAUACGACUCCAAACCAUGGAGCCCGUCACACCCUACAACCCCGACGCGCCCCUCGCGUGCGCAUCACGAAGCCCUCGAGACGCCCGGGCGCGUCGAGGAGAUCAAGCGGCUCGCCGCACUGUGGCAGGUCGACGUCGCCCGCGGGCAAGAAGCGCUCGACGAGAAGUCGAGGAGCUCCUCUGGACGACGACCUCUCCUCGCGGGGACGGGCAAGCGCGGGCGCCCGCCGCGCCUCGACUUCUUCCUCAUGCACAUGCUGAAAUGA